CGCCGCGCGUACUAAUCGUCGAUCUCCUCACAGAAUGCAUCCCAGUCUCCUCCCUCACCGGAAUCUUCAUCCUCAACGCUCACUCCCUCUCUGAAACCUCCACCUAAGCCUUCAUCGUCCGUCAAAACCCUAAACCCCUCCGCCUACGUGCGCGCCUUCUCCGAUAGACCGCAGGCCAUGGUCUCCGGUUUCGCCAAGACGGAGCGCACCAUGCGCGCUCUCUUCCUCCGCAGGCUCCACCUGUGGCCUCGGUUUCAGUUGGAUGUGUCUCAGGAGCUUCAGAGGGAGCCGCCUGAGGUUGUUGAUAUAAGAGUUCCGAUGUCGAGUUACAUGGUUGGGAUACAGAAGGCGAUGGUUAAGAUAUCAGAGUUUGCAAAGUGAGGAUGAUAUCAAGAAGUCUUUGAUUGACAAGUUAUGCUCCUAAUGAGAGAUCACCUAUGCUUAUUUUCCAAUAGACUUCCACAGCCUUCUUCUUGCCCCAAGUUUGUGGCUUCAUGCUUUCUCCAAUUUGUGAUAAUUGCUCUCAACUUUUAGAAAGAGACACUUGAAACGUUCUUUCACUUCAGUGUAUGUGAUAACUGUUGGUAGCUUCACAC